AUGUUUGGUUCGUCUUAUGUUGUCAGAGGUUGUGGCAGAAAAUGAAGAAAAAAGAGAUGAAGAUAUCAACUCAAUGUUGACUUACUUGACUUUGGCUCACAAGAGACUUGCUGAGUCUUUCACAGAAGAGAAAUUCACAGGGGAAAUGAGGAUCCUUGAAGCUCACUGGUUUAGAAAAGUUGCUUGGAACUUAGCUGUACAGUUCAGGGGCUGCCCUGAAAAGAUGAGGGAUUUUUUUCUACUCUCUUUCAAGUUGUCCCAGUUUUGUCCUUCUGACAAAGCUGUUCUAAUUGCUCAGAAGACAUGUCUGUUAAUGGCAGCUGCAGUUGAUCUGGAAGUGGGGAGACAAGAAGUAACACCUUCUAAACAGACGGAGCUUUUGACUCAGGCCCUUCAACAUCUCCAGGCAUGCAAGGAGAUAUGGGAAGUUCUGAAAUUAACAGGAGAUUUUGCUAAAGACCCAACAGACACAUUGCUUCUGCUGUAUGAAUUUGAAGCAAGAUCCAAACUGAAUGAUCCAACACUCCACAACCUUAUGGAGUCAGUAUGGGAGCAACCACAAAUAGAGGUCAAGACGCUAGAAAUCAUUGCAUCAUUAGCAAUGGAAUCUCCAGCUUGGUAUCCUGUACUGUGUAAGAAAGCUCUCAAGAGUGCACUAAACCUUCACAGAAAGCAGACUCUCAUUGAUGCUGUGAAAUUUAGCAAAUGCUUACAUAGUUUGAUUAAUCUUUCUUUGCCGACUGGAUUAACAGACUUGGAUGCCUGUGUACUGCAGGAGGUGUGGGACUACUUUGAAGAUGCUCUGAGCGUAGUCAGCAGCACAGAUGCUUACCCAGAGAUGGAGAUCCUUUGGUUGAUGACAAGAGCCUGGAAUACAGGAAUAUUUCAGUAUACCAUUGGUAAAUAUAAGGAAGCUGAGCAGUGGUGUGGAUUAGGAAUGCGUUUCCUCAAUCACUUAGGAUCUCUGAAGAAAAGCUAUGAAGGCCAUAUGAUUGGUCUUUAUAGUGAGGUUCUGGACAAAUUGGACAGAGCAAAAGGGUUUCUUCCAAAUGAAGAAGAAUAA